AUGAGUGAAAAAAUGAAAAAGGAAGAAGAAGAGGUGCUUCUAGACCAUUUCUUGCACGAGCAUCCACUUUCUCUAACCGAAACUCGCGUGGAAAGCAUCUGCAACUGCUGCCGGCGGCGCUUCUAUGGCGAGCUAGGCUACACCUGCAGCAAGAAAUGCGGGAGCGACGUCGCAUUGCACGAAGACUGCGCAGAGAUGCUGAGAAACAUCACGCAUCCCGCGCACCCUCACGCGCUUUCCCAAAAGAAAUUGGCGGGAAACUGCGCGGUCUGCGAGACUAAUAUGAGGUGGGAGGUCGGCUACCACUGCUUGGACGCAGCCUGCGAUUUCCAACUCCACUUGAGAUGCGCGUCAAGCAUGGGCGUGGUGGCCGACCUCGACAGUCAUAGCACGGCCCACCCGAGCCACCCCCAACACCAGCUCAGGUUCUGGAGGCGGCCGGGGAGGUCGUGCUAUUUCAAGUACGAUGCAUGCGGCACGAGGGAGAUGGGCUCCUCGUACGCGUGCAUCGCGUGCCAGUACUGGAUACAUGAGAGCUGUGCGGCGUUGCCGGUCUCCGAGUGGUUCCCACACCACAAACAUAGUCUCUCGCUGGACUUUCACUUCCCCAUUGAAUAUGUUGUGUUUAAUUUCAAAUGUGAUAUAUGUCGCAAGCCAUUGCUGAGGAAACAUUGGGUGUAUCAUUGCAGACUUUGCAGAUAUGUCGUCCAUAUCAAGUGCGCCAUCAAUGCAUCAUCCAAUCCCAAUACUUUAGAUAAUGACGAGGAUGCAACUGAAGACGAAGAAGAUGUGCUCCAAUUCCCAAUAAAUGACACAGCUGAUGAGCUGAUCAGAUCUUUCGUAAAGAGAGUUGGUGAAACUGAAGAUGAUAACGAAAUCACCAAUGGCCAAUACAAAUUCCACAGCCACGAUCAUCAUUUCUCUUUAAUCUCACCAUCCUCUUCUCAUAACAAUGACGAGGAAAACAGCGAUGACGACGAAGAUGAUUUCACCUAUGGAGAAAAAUCACAACUGGCAUGCGACGGGUGCACUGCACCAAUCCAUCCCCACAAAUCAAAAUACUACACCUGUGUGGAAGGCAAAUACUUUCUUCACUCCCCCUGCUUCCGUCUCCCCCGAACCUUCACCCCACCCCACCCCCGCCACACCACCCCACUGACCCUCCAAACAUGCCCCAAAUUCGACACCAUCAAAUGCAGCAUCUGCCAAUUCUACACGAACGGGCUCUUCUACUCCUGCGCCGAAUGCGACUUCAAAGCCGACGUAAAAUGCGCUUCUCUCCCGCCCGUGAUCAAGCACCGGGCCCACUCGCAGCCCCGACAUCGCCUGAAGCUGGUCGAGAGCAAGGACUACAAGGACUCCCUCCACAUCCGCUGCAUCGGGUGCAGCGACUUCCUCGUGCGCCCGGGAAACAUAUUCUACUCGUGCCAAAAGUGCGAAUUUGUUCUCUGCUGCAUGUGCGUGUUGCUGCCAGCGUCGGACGACACGCGCUGCCUGGACCAGCACGUGCUGCCGCUGGCGUUCAAUGCGGCCGUGGACCACCCGGGGAAAUUCUACUGCGAUGAGUGUGAGACGGAGAUGAAUCCCAAGCGUUGGAUGUUCACUGCCGCCACUGUGAUACGUCCUACCAUCCGAGUUUGGCAUUCAUACCUUGUCGGGAUAUUGUAAGAACUUCAAGUUUGGGCAAGAAUUCAGCAUUGAGUGCCUUCGCGGCCAUCCGCUCAAAGUUGAGCGUCUUGUUAGGAAAUUUCGUUGCCACGUCUGUGGUAGGAAAGAGAAGAAUGAUGCUGGAUUUCAAUGUACAUCCUGCAAUUUCUUUGCUUGUGGAUGCAGCCAAUGGUCCAGUGAUGAUGUCCUUCCUCUCAUUUGACAAAAUUUCGCAUUCAGAUGUUCUUUCCUAAUAAAAGAAAUGGCAUGCUUGGGCUUUGCUGCUUGUAAAUGCGUGUCAAUAAAUAUGAGGAAUUUAUGCAAUGAAAAAACUAUCAAUAAACCAGAUUGAAGCAA